AAAGUUUGACUAAAGUUAGGCUUCAGAGUGCUUGCUGCCGAAAUCCUCAUCUAGCUAAGGGAAAUGUACAGUAAUUGGAACAGGGAUUUCAACCUUUCUGUAUUAAUUUAGCAUCUUAGUAAGUGCAUUGUCAGAUGUUACAUGCUGCUUCAGACCCUUUCCUCUGAGAAUUAUCCAAACCUUUAUUAUUUCCGAAUCGCAGUGAUCCCAUGAGUAAAGAUCCUGCCAAGUGGAUUUGCCCCAUGAGCCAAACGGAUAGCUUGUUUCUACUGAAGAGGAAGGAGUUCCGAGACUAUUGCAUAUUUCUUGUAAAGGGCGUAUUACAGAGAAGGAAGUAAUUCAUUUUAAUUCUAGUUCUGCUCCCGCCUCCGUGCGCCGUCCUUCCCCUUUUCAUAUCCUUGUGUUCACCAGGUAAGGACUCACCAGGGUCCAUCCCCAACUCCUCCUCCUGCAGCCUCCGAGAGUGUGGAGGUGGCCUGUGCGUGUCCAUUCAGUCCGUUUCAAGGUUCCAAGCGGGAGAGGCUAGUGCACAGUUUCAUUUCAGUGGGGAAAGCUUUGCAAAUGCCACGAGGACGGUUCCAUCUCUGGCUAGUUCCAGACUUGCUGCUGUGCAAAAAAUGCGCUUCGACAAAUGGAGCAGAACAUUUAAAAGGAGCUGAUCUUCUCGCCUGCUGAAGUUAACGUUGGGGUGUAAAAUGUGGCCGUGGGGGAUCCUAUUACACACCCUUUCAUUUACUGGGUCCUGCGCAUUGAUGAUGUUGCCUAAACCAAGUGAGGUACAGUUUGAUUCUGUCAACUUUAACAACACCCUUCGCUGGGCUCAGAAGGGAUCUCCAGGAAUUGUAUAUGACGUUGAGUAUUGCAUGUAUGGGGAGAAAGUAUGGAAAAAUAAGCCUGAAUGUCAUCAUAUCACGGCCCACUAUUGUGACUUAACAAAUGAGAUUGUGCAGGAGAAUAACUGGUACUACGCAAGAGUGAUGGCAAUAUCGAAAAAUAUCAAUUCAAGCUGGUCCUUAUCUGAAAGAUUCUGUCCAUUAGACAAGACUAUUAUUGGAUCCCCAACAGUAGAGUACACAGCAGGUGACCGAUUCAUUACUAUUCAGGUGCAGCCACCACAUGUGCCACCCAAAGAUGGAAUGCAACGUUCUAUCACGGACAUUUUUCCCAUUAUUAACUAUCGAGUGCAGCUCAACCAAUCACAAACAAAUAAAAUGGUAUUUUUUGCAUCAAGUGAAAGCUUUUAUUUCAAAAUCGAAUCUUUAGAGCCCAAUAUGAACUACUGUGCAAAAGUGCAACUUAGCUUAAAACAGGGAAUUUUCUUAAAAAUGAGUCAACCAACCAAUUUCUGUGUCCGAACCUUGCAAGAAAGAACACUGACCAUCAUUCUCUUAGUGACAUUUGUGUCGUUUGGAAUAAUAAUCACUGGAAUAUUUAGCUGUGUGGCAUCCUGUUACAUAAAGCACCAUAGAACAUUGCCUCAGUCUUUGAAUUUAGAUCACAUCCUCUCACAGAAGUGUGCCUUCCUGAAACAACCUCCACCAACAUUACAGCUGGCCACUAGUUAUAAGAAAGAAUCAUUUCGAUUUGAGCAAGUUGUUCGUCUGGAUGAAAUAAAUCUUUUGAAGUAUGACUCUAAUGAAAUGGAAGAAGUUAUGAAAACAAAGCAGCACAACUUGGUAACACAGCCUAAUUCCUACGCACCACAAAGUCAUACCAGAAUAAUGAAGGCAAACCGCCCAAGCGCCACUGAUUGCGAAAUUCAAAAUAAUUCUUCCUCCAAGCCAACUGAUGCUGGAUGUUGUGCACCAUAUUGUCCCCAGGUUACUGUCAGGCUGUCAAACAGUACAUGUUCCAGUCAGAAUAGCUCCCAGGCACUGACUCAAAAUUAUGCUACAAUUGUACACUUGACACCUCAGAGUUCAGCCAAAUUAAACACCGAUUCAACAAUAUGCAGUGCGCAGAAUGUGUCUGUAAAUGCUUUACAGACAAUGAAUGAAGACAUUGUUUAUAAAAAUAAGGAACUAAUGUUCCAAAAUGGUCAAGAAUUAGAAAUGCAGAAAUUAAAAGUAAAGGAGGAGAAGCCAUCAUUUGUCUCAUUGCUUCACAACAAACAACGAUCAUAUCAAACUAAACAGAAGGAGAUCCAGCCACUGGAAAUACCAUUGUUGCUUUCGUUGAAAGAUGAAAAUCAAAUCAACCCACCAUUCUUCAAAAAUGGACAAUCAAACAACAGCCAGUCAUUUUUAUCAUUGGUAAACAACAAUGUAGAUGUUCUGUGUUUGCACUCUGACAGAAUGGAUGAUCAACCAAUAAAGGUUUCCUUAACAGACAUGUUACAAACUGACCUGAAAGAUGAACAAGUAACAAAGACUAACCCGUUGGAGAAUGACACAUUCACUGCAGAGCUCCUUGUCAAUCCUGAAUGGGACGUUGGAUACAAAGGGCAUCUUUUGACAUACCAUUCAUCAAAGAGGGAAGGCCAAAAAACAGAUGCAUCAUUUUUACAAGCAUUACAGACAAAUGCUAUGAUGGAAGGUUGUAAAUUUCUUGAUGACUGGGAAAUCCAGGUUCACAUGGAUGAUUAGGUACCCUUAUAUGGAGUUCUGAUCAUGUAUAAAUACAGAAAAUAGAGAAACUCAGCUGAUAGGGCAGCAUCAGUGGAGAGACAAAGAGUUUAAGGGGCAUGAUCUUCCUUCUUUUGGUUUCACACGAUCCAAUUGGAAGUGUUGUCUAUAGAUGAACUAUUUCUCAACUGUAUGAAAUAUAUUUGGACCAAUAGGAUUCCUGCUGCUAAGCAGAAUGAGGAACCGAUCUUUCAUUUCCUGCCCCAGUUCAGCCAACUCCAGAUUUAAAUUUCUGGUGGCAAAGAAAUAUGCCUCCCAUGGGUGACAGCCCUUUACCCCUUACUCCCCAGAUAGGGAUUCCUGUCUUAGAACACAAAUUACAUUCAGCUGUAAACCAUUCCUCUGGAUGUCCAUUACCAGCUCAAGAGUGUAUUCUUCCAGUUAACCCAGACAGGGGAUGCUCUGGGCCUCAGGAAUUUUCUUUUAUUCUUUCACGGGGUGCGGACCUUGCUUACAAGCCCAGCGCCUGUGCCCUGGUCACCUGGUUACCCUUGAAUUGAGUGGCAUGCUCAAUCAUUUCAGAGUCAGUAUAGUCACACAUAGGCCACACAGAGUAAGUAAGGAUGGCAUUCUUCCUUCCCUACAGGGCAUUAGGAAACCAGAUGCGUUUUUGUCAGAAUCUGUCAGAUCACGUUGUGAGGCAAGUUUAGUAACUGGAUAUGAAUCGUGCCCAGCCUUUCUGACAGAGUUUGAACCCAUAUCCCCAGAGCAGUAGCUUAGCAGCAGUGAAUUGGCUCAAGGCUACGUCUCCCUCAAAUGCAGUGUGCAGUCUGAUCAUUCAUAUAGCACAGCCUCAGGCUCCCACUCUGCAAUGAGUUAAUAUGGAGGCCUCAAUAAUUCAAGGUAAAAUCCUCCUGUCCUUUCAUAUUAACUUUAUAGUAAUGUGACGGUCUUUGAACAAACUUUCUGGUUGCUUUUAGAAAUGUUUUCAUCAUUAUUUAUUAUCUGUUAUUACAUUUGUGGAAGUUAUUGUCUAAUGUAUAAUUUGCUUUUUUCAUUUAUAAAAUCUUGAGCGCUUCAUUUUUUGAUGGAGUUUUAUGCACCCAUUCCUGUUAGUAUGUCUUAAACUGACAUUUCAUUUGUGAGGUCUGUAAAGACUUGCUACACCACAACCAUCUUUUGUAAGACUGGUCCAUUUCACUGGUGAAGAAGCAUGACUUACAAAUGAUCCAACAAAAGUUACCAUCGGCCAUCUAAUAACGUGAAGGAGGGAUGUUUCAGAGCUUUUGUACACUACAUCAAUCUGUAACACAGGUUCAGAGAGCAAAGAAAUUUUAGAAUCCAUAUUCACACUCAUUUGUCUCUCUCUCUCUAGUUUCUGAUUUUAGCAGAGGUUCUGAUUUGUCCAUCAAUGGGGCAAUUGCUAAAGAUAACCUUUUCAAAGCUCCAGAUGCAAAAAAAAAUCACAGAACAAACCAGACAAGAAGAAAUAUCGAAAUGGAAACAAAUUGGCUCCAUUUCAGGAGCUGUAUUGCUGGGGCAUAUCAUAUAAUUGUCACCUCCCCAUUCACAUUAAAGGUGUUAGGAGAGUGGUAAAUAAAUACAGGGAAGAAUGCAUCGGGGAAAUGUCCCAUCCUGUACUGUGUAAUUUUUCAUGUUUUAAAGUAUGCAGGGUAAAGUUCAAUGUGAGAGACACAUUGGAACAGAUGCAGGAACAUGUAGAAAGACACGUUGGAACAGAUUAUCUUCUCAAUAUUCCUCGCAUUCAAUGCCUUUUACAUUCAGGUCCACCCUCAGAGUAAUUGAGAUUUUAAGUUCAAGAACAGACCAUUUGUUCUAACGUGCCUGUGCUGGCCAUUUUUAACUCAUUGGAUAAUGCAACCAUGCAAAUUGUUUUGUUACAGCAAAGUUCUUACAUAAGCAAAAUGUUCCACAGCAUCAGUAAUAUUAAUGUAAAAUAACCAUCUCUUUAAUAUUGUGAAGUCAUGGGAAUCCAUAAUUCAUAUUGCCACCCAGUGUCAAAUAUUAUCAGUCUUGUAACAAGCAUAUUUAUGAUAUUGCAAGUUAGCAUCUGCAUAAAUUCAUAGGCAAACCAGAAAAUUCCAGAUGGUGGAAAUCGGAACUAAAAACAAAUACCGUAAUUUUUCAGCAGGUCUGGCAGUAUCUGGAGAGGCGAUUAAGCAGAGUGAACUUUCAGGUUGAUGACCUGCCAUCAUUUGAAAAGUUCUGAAGGGUCACUGGACCUGAAACGCUAAUUCUGAUUUCCCU